AAGUUAAGUGCAUUCCAAAAACAGGCUUGAAUUCUGAUUAGGUAACGUUAGCUUGCUGUAUGUGUCUGUUUUUUCUCUCCAACUAAUUUAGACUAAGCUACUACGAAAUUAACUAUGUAAGUGUACUUGUAAAGAGGGAACAAAAUAUGACAUCUCCAACCCGGCAUGAGCAAGCCAUAUUUGAAUGUCGUGAUGCACUGAAUGAAUGACUGACUGCCUUACUGGACGUCAAGAAAUGAGAUGCGGAAGUUGACGAAGUCAUGUGACGAUGUGUUAUGGCAGUACCCACGCCUUACCGGUAGGCGGCAGUCUCAUGGAAUGCCCAAGGCACAAACUGUAUGCUCGUACUUCCUGCCAUCUCUUCUCCCUCGGUGGUAGUAAGUGUCAUAAACACACACACGUGGGCUUCCGAACUCUGCUCAUGGUGUCGUCUCUAAAAGGUCUGUAAAUAACAACACAUGUAUUUGAUUAGUUGUGGUCACGCCAUCAUAUAAUUUUGACAACAUGUCGACAAGUGAGAAAACAACACCAAACGAAGGACUGGAUGCCGAAGAGGACGAGUUGCCUCCUCCGGUUGGGACUCGGACUCGUAGCGGGCGCAGAGUACUAACCCCAGCGGUGUAUCUUGACUCUGAAGUACCGAAGACUCCAACACGCCGAACAAGGAAAUCUGUCAUUCAAGAGUUACCGAAUGAGAACCAGACGGAACCCAAACCAGCGGUUGUAGUCGUGGAACCCGUUGCCGAAGAGGCUCUUUCGAAAAAACUUCAAAGCAGGGAGUCCAAAUCAAAUGCAUUGGCAACAGCUGAGGCAUACCCAAAACCAGUCAAAUCAGACAAACCUGUAGGGAAAUCAUUAGGUACAUUUAUUCAAGUUGUGUCACAUCAUUGCACCGAGAAGGAAAACAAGGUUGGUCCCGUACCAAUGGAGACGGUUCCAGACCGCCCAAAUAAAACAGCCAAAAAGAGGACUCGUUCAGAGUCAAAUGAGAAACUUGACCUGAUACCUUUGGGGAAACCGAAAUCCGGACGUGUAUGGAAGGACCGCAACAAGCAGAGGUUCUCUGCUCUUGUAAGAGACAAGCCACUGUGCUCCUCCUGGGAGAAGAAGAUGGCAGCCAAGCGAGAGAAGGAGCUGGUGAAGAAAUAUUCCCUGCAACUGAAGGAGGACAAAGCCAGGGAGAAAGAGGAAAAGAGGAAGCGGCAUGAGGAGAACUUGAAAAGGCGAGCUGAGAAUGAGAGGAAGGCCGAAGUUGUGCAAGUGAUCCGGAACACAACGAAGAUCAAGAGGAUGAAGAAGAAACAGCUGAGGAAGAUUGAGAAGAGGGACACACUCGCCAUGCUGCAGAAAUCACGGCCCAGGAACCCAAAAGCUGCACAGAAAGGUGGCAAAGGGGACAAGUAGAGGGAGUGCUCAAGUUGACUGAUGGGACAUUCAGAAGCACCCCAUGUAGAUAUGAGAGAACUGGUCAUCUGCUACAUGCAAUGACCCGGUGUUGCAGUUCCGCCGGGAUAAAAAGGUGGUGGAAUUUACCAUAUUACUUAAUCUUUCGGAUGUGCCUAGGGCUGACAUGGCUAUGCUAACUGUGUGAGGCUGUUGGGACUGGAGAGCAUGAGCAGAAAACCCUUUGAAAACAAUUAACCAGCUGUGGAGCAUUGCCGAUGCAAAAAGUGCCUCCUGUCUCUUUUGUGGAAAUCCAAACGUGAGCUGGAAGAAUUCUUAUCAACUUGUAAUGCAAUGUUCCAUUAAACAAACCACAUUUAUACCACA